GGAUUUUCGGCCAUAUUAGAGGGCAAAAUGGAUGGGUGAUGUGUUGGGUAUUUUGGCUUGGCUAGUGAGGUGAAUAUUUGGUGGUUGGGGAGUGAUUCAUUCUGCCAUAGUGGGGGACAGUGGGGUGUGAGAAAUAUGGCUUUUAUAGGGUGGCUUUUAUGGUGGUUUAAAGGUCAAAGUAAUCAAAAAUAUCCCUUGGCUUGUUGUGCUUGUUAUUUCGGUUGUACUAGGGGACAAGGGGGGGACAAUGUUUGUGGGAUGUUGGGUGAUGAAAUAUGGUUGUUUGGCUUGGUGUGUUUCGGCCCUAGCUUAGGGAAAUGAAAAGGAAAUUGACUUAUGGUUUUUUCUUUUGGCACAAAACGUGUUAUUUUGAUGGAGUGAUUCAAGUAGGGAGUGGGGUAGUCUGGGCAGGGUAUACGGCUCUUUUUAGGAUGGAGAUAGGCUCAAGGUUGUCAGGGUUAAGUAAUAUGGUUUGGGGUUGGAGAAUUCAUUCCAGAAAGGAUCGUAACACUUAGACAUGAUUCCACUGAUUUGUUUAAGGAUUUGAGGAUCAGGUGUAGUACUAGGGGAUAUAACAGUGUAUAAUACACAGUUACACACACACACAAAAUUUUUGGAGAGCCUGCUAAACGAUUGUCUCAAACGUUACCCAUUUUCCUUGCCAGAUCUUUGCCCUUUGGAGCCUAUAUCACAAAACCUCUUACAUCAGAAUAUGAGUUAUGAGAAGGGCAAAGAGUUAACUAAACACGAUGGAAGUUCAUCACAAUGUAAAGGAAAGAACAAGAAAAAGAUGCCAGAUGUGUCUGCAAGCUCAAAAACAAUGGGAAAUCUGAAACAGCAAACUCUAACAGAUGUGUUGAGAAAAGCAGGUGUUAUGCCUAGCCCAAAAGUGCUAAUUGAUGAUAUCUCUAGAACGUGUUCAAAGGGAACCAUGGUGGAGUUGUCAGGGAAUAGCCAGGAUAACAUCAUGUCCCCACUUACUGUAGAGAUUUCUUCCGCUGCAAAGUUACUAGAACGUCAGAGAUACAAGUUCAGACCUCUUCUUCUUGAGUGUUUUGUCAGAUUUUCAUCAUAUAAGGCUCAAGAUUCAUUAUGUCUGGAUCCAGCUGCUGAGUUACCAGUUCAUCUUUAUUUCCUACGUGAUCUGAGCAAAAAGCUGGAUUAUUUUAGUCUGCACAAUAAACAAAUAGCAAAGUGUUCAAGUUUUCCACCCAGUCUCGGCAGUACGAAUGUAACAGACUUCAUAAAUGAUGUUCGCAUGCUGUUUCCCUCUCUUAAAAAAAAUCUUGAUCUCGUGCUUUGUAUUCUCAGAGAAGAAACUGAAGUAUGUCAAGAUCACUGGAAAGUUCACUCCGCUGCAUCUCGAAACCCAGAUGUUACAAGCAUUCUUUGUUCCACAUCAAAAGUUUCCUACUGUGUCUUCAAGGAGACACUGUGCUGCUUUGGAAAGAUGGUACAAAUUUCCGAGAUUCAGAGAGAAAAAUUAGUCCUUACUGAUCUUCUAGAGGCUUUCCAGCCAUCAGGGUUUCCAGAUGGCUUCUUUAUGGGCAUGCAACAUAUAUCUCCUGGGAACAUAGAUUAUCUAUAUUCAGGUGCAUAUUCUUUCAUUGAAGGAACAUUCGAUGCAGCAUGCACCAUUUCUUUUACACUGUCUGCUGAGGUAGUGCUGGCCUUAGAAGCAAUAGUGUUGUCGAUUCGAAAGAUUGUAGAUGAUGAUUUAUUUGAACCUGGAAAAAACAUUCAGAAAGGAUGUAUCAAAGAGCUUGUUCCCUUCUUAUGCAAAAAGCUAGCAUCGACUUCCAAAAAUCUCCUGAUUCAGAAGUACGAUAGUAAAAAUAUCGAAGAGGAUUCAAAAAACAGACGAGAACUUGUCCAAAAGAUUCUUCGCAUUUACUUGGAAAAUUGCCAAUCCACAUGUGAUUCUCUAGAUGAGCUUGCGUGCUUAAUCAUGCCCCAGGUGACUUCACAGAGAAGUCAGGCAGAAGAUAGUUGUAGCUUUCCAAGCCUCUGCCAUACAACAUUUAUUGCUUGGUACCGGGUGAUGCACGAACAGAAUGUUUCGACACUUAAUAGAUUGGUCAAGGACGUUUGUAAGCUGGAGAAAUCCAAAGCGGGUGCCAAAAUGAGCGAUGUGGAACACUUGCUGAACCGGCUGCAACAAUCUGUUAAUGUUGUAGUAUCUUUAGUUAGCAUGUGUAAAACUCAUGAUAAGGUUGGUGUUCAUGCAAUGGCUGUCAAGUUCAGUGGGAAGUUUUUUGAUUCUUUUCUUAAAGUUUUUGGUUUUUUACAGGCUCAGUUUGAAUUGCAUGGUGAGCAAAUAGUCCAACUGCUUAAAGAUCUUCAGAAGGCAACACGAAUUAUACAGACACUAUGCUCUGACGCAAAGGGCAUGAGGCGAACUGCUAUUACCAGCAAAGUUCCAUCCACAAAGAGAUCUAUGGAGCGCUUCCUCUUUCAUGUCAAGGCACUCCAUUUAAAAUCAAGCGGAUGUACUUUUUGGAUGGGGAACUUGAAACAUAAAAACUUGUGGGGGGAAGUAGUGAGUUCCCAAGCGUACAUAGAAGAGGAUGAGAAGGAAGAAGUCAACGAAGAUCCUGCAGAAAAUACAAUGGAGGACCAACCCCCGGAAGCCGUUGCUGAUGAUAUAGUAUCGGAUUAGUUCGACCAAAUGUAAAUACACUUAAAUGUUUGGGACAGUGACCAAAAAAGGAAAGUCUCUAAU